AUGAAGGCUACUUUCUUUGUUAACGGCGACAACUUUGGCAAAAUAUCGGAUAGAAAAACAGAGGUGCAGCGAAUGUUAAGCGAAGGGCAUCAGAUUGGUUCACAUACGUUUCGGCAUCCGGACUUGACAAAUAUUAGCGAGGCAGAAAUAAGGACAGAGAUGACAUUACUUGAUGCCGAAGUAAAGAAACUUAUCGGGAAGACGCCGACAUAUAUGCGACCGCCAUUUUUCCACACCUCAGAUGAAGUCCUGAGAAUUUUGGGAGAAAUGCAGUACCACGUUAUUAACGCCGAUAUCGAUACCAAGGACUUUGAGAACACGAAGCCCGAGACUAAUGACGAGUCGUUUAAAAACUUCCAGGAAUUAUUUGUCAAUGGAUCUAUUUCCCUAAUGCACGAUGUACACAACACGACAGUCAACCAGUUAAUACCCAAUGUUAUCCCUUUCUUGCAGAAAAGCGGAAGAAAAUCAAUGACAGUCGGGGAGUGUCUAGGCGAUCCGAAAGAAAACUGGUAUCGAGAGAAUACAAUCGGCGGUACAGUCGUCCAAGGGCCGGUCAAAAAGCAACCGGCCGGCAAGAGCUGCGGUUGUAACGCCCGUAAGUCUUAG